AUGAAAUCACUUGCAGAACCAUCCCGUACAAAUGCUCCGCGCGAAACACGCGAAAUGUGGAAAACGUUCACAAGCGUGCACAUGCAAAUCAUUUUUCGACCAGUGAGUUGUUCGAACAUUGCUCGUUCGUUCAGGAAUGCAAAAGUUGGCUCUUAUUUGUAUGCUCUAGAUUUCGCAAUGCUCAUUGAAUUUGCUUCGCAACCGUUUGAUCCGAAAACGAUUGUUCACAUCAAUCUAACUAUCCAUAAAAGGCAGUUCAAAUCCAUCAAAUUACAAGCAAACUGGAAAGGAUCUGUACUGAAGUGA